AAAUUUUGCUUUGUCUCCUUCGGAAAGGGAGCUUUUUACAGAUUGUGCUUUUGCAUGACAUGAAUUCCAUCAUUUUUUUCACCUUCUGUUACAGGCACCUGCUUUGGACAGAUAAGGCUUUUCAGUAUAUGUUCUAUGUCAAGAGUCUCCUCAUUUGUUCUCAGAUUUGUCAAUGGGUAGUAAUGACCAGCAGUCUGCAGAGGACAAGUGGCCAGUGAGCCUGUAUUGCAGCCAGUCUUAUGAGCCCCUCUGUAAUGACCAAAACAGCACAGCUGCUCCCUUGCUUCCUUCUGGCCUCCAGUUGGAGCUGACUCACCCAGAGAGCACCCAAGAGACAAAGAAGGUACAGGACGUCACAUCGGACCGGUCUACAUGCCCGGGCAAUAAUAGUACCAUUACCUUGAUCAGACCAGAUCCUGAACUCCUGUCUGGUCCACCCUUGCCAUUUGCUACUGAAACCAUGGCCCCAAACCCACAGCUUACAUAUUUGGACCGUGUCGUGAUGGAAAUUAUUGAGACGGAGCGGAUGUAUGUUAGGGAUCUACGAAUAAUUGUUGAGGACUACCUGUCCCACAUUAUAGAUACACGGACCCUGUCCAUCAAACCUGAGCAGGUGUGCUCUUUGUUUGGGAACAUUGAGGAUAUAUAUGAGUUUAACAGCGAGCUACUCCAAUCUUUGGACAUGUGUGACAAUGACCCUGUGGCAGUUGCCAGAUGCUUUGUGGACAAGAGAGAGUAUUUUGAGAUCUACACUCAGUACUGUACAAAUUACCCCAACUCUGUGGCUACACUGACAGACUGUAUGCAAAACAAAACACUGGCUAAGUUCUUCAGAGACAGGCAGGCCUUUCUGAAUAGUUCGCUCCCUCUGGGUUCAUAUCUACUUAAGCCUGUUCAGAGGAUCCUUAAAUACCAUCUUCUGCUUCAGGAGAUUGCUAAUCACUAUGACUCUGAGGAAGAGGGCUAUGAGGUGGUAGAAGAGGCCAUUAACACCAUGACAGGAGUGGCCUGGUACAUCAAUGACAUGAAGAGGAAACAUGAGCAUGCAGUUAGAGUGCAGGAGAUCCAGUCACUCCUAAUUAACUGGAAAGGGCCUGACCUUACUACCUAUGGGGAACUUGUUCUGGAAGGCACUUUUCAUGUCCAACGAGCUAAGAAUGAGAGAACCCUUUUUCUCUUUGACAAGAUACUUCUCAUCACCAAGAAGCGAGGAGAGAACUAUAUCUAUAAGCAUCAUAUCAUGUGUUCUACUCUGAUGCUCAUUGAGAGUGCAAAGGAUUCACUGCGUUUUAGUGUGACACACUACAAGCAUCCCAAACAGCCGCACACAGUGCAAGCAAAAACUGCAGAGGAGAAAAGAGUGUGGGCUCAUCACAUUAAGAGACUUAUUCUGGAGAACCACCAUGCAGUUAUACCACAGAAAGCAAAAGAAGCCAUCUUAGACAUGUAUUCAGUUUCGAAGUACCGGUACAGUCCUGAGAGACUGAAGAAUGCAAUGUCCUGUCAUGGGGAGAAUUUCUCUGGAGGUUGGAGGCGAGGUCGAAGACAAUCAGAACCAGGCCAGGAGAUUACAAGGUCAACUACAGUAGCCACUCUUAAGCAUGCGGAGAGUGAGGGCACUCUUCUGAUGGACAGGAACAAAUGCUCUCUACAGCCUAGUGCUAGUGAGCACACCUUGGGUUUGACACCAUUGAAGCCCGAGCCUCAAAGAUCUAGUAUGCAGGAGCUUAGCCUGAACACAGACUCACUGCUCCAACACAGUCUGAAUGACAGGGAGGAGGAAAUGGAAGACACAGAGCUUUGUAAAGAGGGAAAAGAGCUGAAACAGAAUGAUGUGGAGCAAAAAGAAGAAGAAGAGAGUGGUGAUGACAGUGUUACAAUGGGAGAUGACCAGAAUGAAGAUGGAAAUGACCUGUUUGAGCAGAAUGAGCCAGUGAGGAUGGAGAGCCACACACGUUUUGAGGAGGAAGCCCAUGACAUGGACGAGACAUUUAUUCUUACUGAAGAGGUCUCUGAAGAGUUAAGUCCUGAGGGAGGCCUCUCUUGGUGGAGAGAGACUGAGAGCACAGAAGCCAUAGAGCCUGAAAUUGUACCAGAACUCCCUAAUAGACACCCUCUAGGAUCUGAAAGACCAAAUGAGAAUGGUGAAUGCAUAGAUUGUGGAGAAAAUAUGAAAGACUUUGUGGAUGCAUCCUUCCUCCUGAAACCAAAUGAUGAGUCAGAAAUGAUUAAGACCUACAAUGAAAAGGAAUUCUGCCAAAUUGAGAACAUACAGGAAGAGGAGGAGGAUUUAGAGGAUGAGUUGAUGCCUAUGAUGGAGUCCAGGAACAUGAUUGUGCCAUCAUUUGGGCUUGACAAUGGAAACAUUAUUGGUGAGGACAUCAUCUGCAGCCAAAGUAGCUGUACCCUCAUUGUGGACUCUGAGGAAGUGGAGACAGAGAAUACACAAACAUUAAUCGGCUCCUCCACAGAACAACCUCCUCUCUACCUCACUGGAGAAACUUCAAUUUCUUUUCCUAAUCUGGAUGGCCUUUUGGAUACUGACCAAAAACUAACAAAAAAAGGAGACACUCUCUCCAAGAAAGACCGACUACUCAUCCACAAGAUCAGGAGAUACUACGAACAUGCUGAAAAACAAGAUGCUAGCUUCCGUAUUAGGCGCAGGGAGAGCCUCUCAUACAUUCCUGUAGGACUUGUCCGCAACUUGAGCAGACAGCUCAAUGGCAUCUCUACAGAUGACAAUAUAGCAGUGCAUAAGAAAUCUGCCCACAUCAGUCGACCCACAUCUUGGGAUGUGUUCAAUCUCCCAGGUCUGGAAAAAGAGAAGGUGGUAGAAAGGAUCCCAGAGCCUGUCACACAUGACAGAGUGGAUGGCUACAGUUCUAAUCUCAGUUCUCAGAGUGUUGCAGUUGUAAUUAAAGACAGUGAGUCCAGACCUUCUUCUGACGUAAUGAAAGAAUGCCAUGAUAUUCAAGUCAAAGUAAGUGAAGCAUCCAUGCAAUCCCAAGAGACUCUUAAAAGUAUAGUGGGUGACCACACUAUUGAAACAAGUCCUGACAUGUUACAAAAGGAAUCAGCAGCUACUACAAAUCCUGACAGUGAGUACAGUGAGAAACUCCUAAUUGUGGAGGAGUCUGAUCUUUGUACAACAGGUGAAGGUACCUUUACUCCAACACCCACAAACAUCUCCCUAGACAAGAGAGACGAAGGGCAGGGACAGGAGAAAGACUCAAAUGAGAUUUUCAAGUGCCAGCUGAGGAGUAGAGUUAGUCAGGCUUCUCUACCCAAGAUCAUUAGUCUCAGGUCAGCCGCUGAGGAUGAUGUGAUUCUGCAGGACAUGGAGAGGGUUAAAAACAAGGUGUUCCAGUUAGCCAGGCAGUACAGUCAACGCAUCAAGAACAACAGACUUGUGAGUCAGAGAGCCAAAACAGCCGAAGGCCAGCUUAAACCCAGGAACGUCCUGUCUGUCCAGGAGGAAAUCCCCAAAUCUCAGAAAAGUGAGAGAGCCAUUUCCUGUCUGAUGUCACUGAGCUCUUAUGAGCAGGGGGUGCAGCAGGAAUCUUUGACCCCGAGCUCUGCUGUGCCAGCCCAGAACCUACACAGUCCAAUCUACACAGAGAUUCUCCACUGGCCAGAUGUCCAAGCACUGCGCUCCAAAUACUCCUUCCGCUACUCAGAAAGCAUACCAUCUCGCCCUCACCCUGUGAGCCGGAGCUGUUCUGUCCCAGAUAAGAUGCUCAAGAUUGAACCUGAAAUGCCAAGCACUCAAACAAGCAUCUCCAAUAACAGCACCAGCUGCAAUGGCACAACAGAACAAAAAGAGGCCUUUGCGGAUAUUAAAACUUCUCCGAAUGAAGCCCUCUUAAAUUUGAGCUCUGGGAAUGAGGGUUUGACAAAGGUAUGUAGGGUACAUUCAUUAGAUCAGGUGCUUGGAACACUUCACCUUAAUGAAUUCCAAAACCACCCAGAGACCCAAAUACACGGCUAUUAUGUUUCUGGUGAGUCCACCCUGCCCGGUGAGAGAAAGAUCAUAAUCAUAGAGAGGCUCACAGGCACCAAGCCAGAGGAGAGUCUUGUAGUCACAGGGAAAGAAGAGAAAGAGAUGUGCGAAGAAAAUCAACUGGGGUUGAAGCAAAGCACUGGAGCAAAGGAUAAGAGCAAAGAAAAAGUCGUUGGGUCACAUGAUAUGGUGGACAUUGCAAAAAAAUAUCCAGUGACUUCACUCAAAAACACUGAGAGCAGUCAACAAAGUGUUGUAAAAAAUUUGCGAGAGAAAUUUCAGAGCUUGAGCUCAUUCACGUAAAUAUGUAGUCAAGAGAAUUUCCAUGCAAUCUUAAGUGACCAUAUUUGAUGUAUGCAUAAUGCGGUGCAACGGUAUACCAGCAAUCAUUCUCAUGGUUACCCAGUAAUGUUGUGUUUGCCUCUCUUAGUUUUUGCAAAAUAAUCUCAGAGGAAAUAUGAAUUAGAAAUGUAAAUUCAUGUGUAAAUGUAUUUUAUACCAUUGCUGUUAAUAAAUCUGUGAUUGUAACUAUGUACAUAUAAUCUAUCAGAAAUAUUACUGUACAUAGACUAAUUGCUGGUAAUAACUGCUAAUUACUUGGGGGGAAUGAGAGGAGGAUUUCCUGAAUAUUUAGUAGAUGUCAAACAGGAUGGUAAUAGUGUUAAUGUCUGCAAAGGUGGCGCACACAUUGGUUUGACUGAUGAGUACCUAGGGUGCAGAGUGGCGCAGUUGGUAGCGCUGUCACCUCACAGCAAGAAGGUCUUGGGCUCAAUUCCCGGCCGGGCAGCCAAGGUCUUUUCUGUGUGGAGUUUGCAUGUUCUCCCCAUGUCCACGUGGGUUUCCUCCCACAGUCCAAAGACAU